UCCAACAAUGGCUCUUCAAUAUCCUUCAUCCUGUUCCUCAAUCCCCCGACUCAUUAUCAUUCUUUGUUUCUUCAUCAUUCUAUAUUUCCCUUUUUAUUCAUCAUCAUCAUCAUCUCAUGCCUCUUCUCCAUCUACUUCUGCUCAUAGCUCUUCUUCUUUGACUAUUGAGCAAGAAAAAGAAGCACUUGCUCUUCUAACAUGGAAAUCCAGCCUUCAUAUUCAGUCUCAAUCUUUCCUCUCUUCUUGGUUUGGAGCUUCCCCAUGCAAUCAAUGGUUUGGAGUUACUUGCCACCAGUCAAGAAGUGUCUCCAGUUUAAACCUUCACAGUUGUUGUCUAAGAGGUAUGCUCCACAAUCUCAAUUUCUUACUACUCCCCAAUCUCCUCACUCUUGAUGUUCAUAGCAACUCCUUUUAUGGAACCAUUUCCAUCAAUAUUUGUAAUCUUUCCAAAUCGAUCACCGUCCUUGACUUGGGCUUUAAUAAUUUCACUGGUCUCAUACCUUACCAAGUUGGAUUGCUAACAUCUCUUACUUUUCUUGCAUUAACUUCCAACCAUCUAAGAGGUCCAAUCCCUCCUACAAUAGGAAACUUGAGGAAUUUAACCACUUUGUAUCUUGAUGAAAAUAAACUUUUCGGUUCCAUCCCUCAUGAAAUUGGAUCGUUGAGAUCUCUCAAUGAUCUUGAGUUGUCAACUAACAAUCUUAGUGGUUUCAUCCCUCCUUCCAUAGGAAACUUGAGGAACUUAACCACUUUGUAUCUUUAUGAGAACAAACUUUCUGGUUCCAUCCCUCAUGAAAUUGGAUCGUUGACAUCUCUCAAUGAUCUUGAGUUGUCAACUAACAAUCUUAGUGGUCCCAUCCUGCCUUCCAUAGGAAACUUGAGGAAUUUAACCACUUUGUACCUUCAUACUAACAAGCUUUCUGGUUCCAUCCCUCAUGAAAUUGGAUUGUUGAGAUCUCUCAAUGAUCUUGAGUUGUCAACUAACAAUCUUAGUGGUCCCAUCCCACCUUCCAUAGGAAACUUGAGGAAUUUAACCACUUUGUAUCUUGAUGAGAAUAAACUUUCUGGUUCCAUCCCUCAUGAAAUUGGAUCGUUGACAUCUCUCAAUGAUCUUGAGUUGUCAACUAACAAUCUUAGUGGUCCCAUCCCGCCUUCCAUAGGAAACUUGAGGAAUUUAACCACUUUGUACCUUCAUACUAACAAACUUUCUGGUUCCAUCCCUCAUGAAAUUGGAUUGUUGAGAUCUCUCAAUGUUCUUGAGUUGUCAACUAACAAUCUUAGUGGUCCCAUCCCGCCUUCCAUAGGAAACUUGAGGAAUUUAACCACUUUGUAUCUUUAUGAGAACAAACUUUCUGGUUCCAUCCCUCAUGAAAUUGGAUCGUUGAGAUCUCUCAAUGAUCUUGUGUUGUCAACUAACAAUCUUAGUGGUCCCAUCCCGCCUUCCAUAGGAAACUUGAGGAAUUUAACCACUUUGUAUCUUUAUGAGAACAAACUUUCUGGUUCCAUCCCUCAUGAAAUUGGAUCGUUGAGAUCUCUCAAUGAUCUUGUGUUGUCAACUAACAAUCUUAGUGGUCCCAUCCCGCCUUCCAUAGGAAACUUGAGGAAUUUAACCACUUUGUAUCUUUAUGAGAACAAACUUUCUGGUUUCAUCCCUCAAGAAAUUGGAUUGUUGAGCAAUUUAACCCAUUUACUCCUUCAUUAUAACCAACUCAAUGGCCCCAUUCCUCAAGAAAUUGAUAAUCUCAUACAUUUGAAAUCCUUGCACUUAGAUGAGAACAAUUUUACCGGCCAUUUACCUCAACAAAUGUGUUUAGGUGGAGCACUUGAAAAUUUUACAGCCAUGGGCAACAAUUUCACUGGUCCUAUUCCAAUGAGCUUGAGAAAUUGCACCAGCUUAUUUAGAGUUCGGCUUAAUAGAAACCAACUCAAAGGAAACAUAACUGAAGGUUUUGGUGUUUACCCAAACUUGAAUUUUAUGGAUUUGAGUUCCAACAAUUUGUAUGGUGAGCUUUCUCAAAAAUGGGGGCAAUGUCGUAGCUUAACAAGCCUGAACAUAUCCCACAACAAUUUGUCCGGGAUCAUACCACCUCAACUUGGGGAAGCAAUUCAACUGCAUCAACUUGAUCUCUCUUCAAAUCAUCUACUAGGGAAGAUCCCUAGGGAAUUGGGUAGGCUAACAUCAAUGUUCAAUUUGCUGUUAAGCAACAACCAACUUUCAGGCAACAUUCCUUGGGAAGUGGGAAAUCUUUUCAAUCUUGAACAUCUGAUCUUGGCAUCAAACAACUUAAGUGGCUCAAUCCCUAAACAGCUAGGAAUGCUUUCAAAACUAUCCUUCCUCAACUUGAGCAAGAAUGAAUUCGUGGAAAGCAUUCCUGAUGAGAUUGGGAACUUACAUUCCCUUCAAAGCCUCGAUCUCAGUCAAAAUAUGCUGAAUGGGAAGAUACCACAAGAGCUUGGAGAAUUACAACGCUUAGAAGCAUUGAAUCUCUCCCACAAUGAACUCUCUGGUUCCAUCCCAUCCACUUUUGCAGAUAUGUUGAGUUUGACAUCUGUUGAUAUAUCCUCUAAUCAGUUGGAGGGGCCUCUCCCCGACAUCAAAGCCUUCCAGGAGGCUCCAUUUGAGGCAUUCAUAAACAACCAUGGCUUAUGUGGCAAUGUCACUGGUCUGAAGCCCUGCAUCCCACUCACACAGAAGAAGAACAAUAGAUUUAUGAUGAUUAUGAUCAUCUCCAGCACCUCUUUUCUUCUAUGCAUUUUCAUGGGAAUUUAUUUUACCCUUCACUGGAGAGCAAGGAACAGAAAAAGGAAGUCCAGUGAAACACCAUGUGAAGAUCUAUUUGCAAUAUGGAGCCAUGAUGGAGAGAUAUUGUAUCAAGAUAUCAUUGAGGUGACUGAGGACUUCAACUCUAAAUAUUGUAUUGGGAGCGGAGGACAAGGCACAGUUUAUAAGGCUGAGCUACCAACUGGUCGAGUUGUUGCUGUGAAAAAGCUUCACCCACCACAAGAUGGUGAGAUGAGUCAUUUGAAAGCUUUUACCAGCGAAAUUCGGGCCUUGACAGAAAUUCGACAUCGCAACAUUGUGAAGCUUUAUGGCUAUUGCUCACAUGCAAGGCACUCAUUUUUGGUAUAUAAGUUGAUGGAGAAGGGAAGCCUAAGAAACAUUCUAAGCAAGGAGGAAGAAGCAAUUGGGUUGGAUUGGAAUAGGAGGCUAAAUAUUGUGAAAGGUGUGGCGGCGGCAUUAUCUUAUAUGCAUCAUGAUUGCUCAGCCCCUAUAAUUCACAGGGACAUAUCCAGUAACAAUGUUUUAUUGGACUCUGAAUAUGAGGCUCACGUAUCCGACUUGGGUACAGCAAGGCUAUUAAAGCCAGACUCGUCCAAUUGGACCUCAUUCGUAGGCACCUUUGGGUAUAGUGCUCCAGAGCUUGCUUACACCACCCAAGUGAAUAACAAGACUGAUGUUUAUAGCUUUGGGGUGGUGGCACUGGAAGUGGUUAUUGGAAGGCAUCCUGGUGAUCUCAUCUUAUCCCUGACAUCUUCAUCAGGAUCAGCAUCAUCAUCAUCAUCAUCAGUUACAGCAGUGGCUGAUUCUUUGUUGUUGAAGGAUGUGAUAGACCAACGCAUCUCACCUCCCACAGAUCAAAUCAGUGAGGAAGUUGUGUUUGCUGUGAAGCUAGCAUUUGCGUGCCAGCAUGUUAACCCCCAAUGUCGUCCAACCAUGAGGCAAGUUUCUCAAGCACUAUCAAUUAAGAAACCAGCUUUGCAGAAACCAUUCCCCAUUAUUACAUUGAGAGAGCUGUUUCAGGGGUGAUCAUCCGGAAGCUCUGUGCUGGGUGGUCAAUAAUCAAUAUGGGGAACUA